AGGUCGUCUGCUGGAUUUGGUUUUGAACGACAAGAGCGAGCGGGAGCGGGGUUGGAUUCAACCAGCAGAGCAGUGUUGUGGUGUCCCGAUGGCGGCAGACAUUGUUGCGCAGUUGGCCGACUCUCUGGCCAAGACUGGCGUAGAGGAAGGAGAGCUGAGCUUCAAAGGUCAGGGAAGAAAGCUGGAUAAUGCCAAAUCAGUGGAGGAGAUUGUGGUGGAGAUCCAGAACUUCGAGGGCUUGCAGGCUCUGAGGUUGGAGGGAAACACUGUAGGUGUGGAGGCAGCACAGGCCAUCGCCAAAGCCCUAGAGACAAAGAGCGAGCUCAAGCGCUGUUACUGGAGUGACAUGUUCACCGGUCGCCUCCGUUCUGAGAUCCCACCUGCCUUGAAUGCACUGGGUGACGCUGUGAUGCUGGCUGGUGCCAGGCUGACUGUUUUAGACCUCAGUGAUAACGCCUUCGGACCAGAUGGGGUGAAAGGCAUCGAGAAGUUGCUCAAGAGCACCGCCUGCUACACUUUACAGGAGCUACGGCUCAACAACUGUGGCAUGGGCAUCGGAGGUGGGAAGAUCUUGGCUGCUUCAUUGAUGCAGUGCCACAAAAAAUCUAGUUCAGAGGGUGCCCCCCUCAGCCUGAAGGUAUUUGUUGCUGGGAGGAACCGCCUGGAGAACGAUGGAGCCACCGCCCUUGCUCAAGCCUUCCAGUUGAUGGGCAGCCUGGAGGAGGUUCACAUGCCCCAGAAUGGCAUCAAUCACCCUGGUGUAACAGCUCUGGCCACAGCAAUGCAGCACAACACAGGCCUCCGUAUCCUCAACCUCAACGACAACACCUUCACUGAGAAGGGGGCUAUCGCCAUGGCUCAGGCCCUGAAACACCUUCGCAGCAUCCAGGUGAUAAACUUUGGAGACUGUCUGGUGCGGCCAGCAGGAGCCAUUGCUAUUGCAGAAAGUGUAUCAGAGGGACUGCCAAUCCUCAAGGAACUCAAUCUGUCGUUUGGCGAGAUUACAGAAGAAGCUGCCCUGGCUGUGGCCCACGCAGUAAAGGACAAGAACCAGCUGGACAAACUGGACCUAAAUGGUAACUGUCUAGGAGAGGAUGGAUGCAAAGCUCUGAAAGACUGCAUGGAAGGCAUGAAGAUGGGAGAGCUUCUAGGAUCACUCAGUGACGAUGAGGGCGAGCCAGAAGAUGACGAUGACGACGAAGAUGAAGAUGAGGAAGAGGAUGACGAGGAAGUGGAUGAGGAGGAAAUAGAGGAGGAAGAAGAAGAGGAGGAGGAGGAGGAAGAGGAUAGCAGUAGCAUCAAGUUAUCCACACCUGCAUCAGCACCCCGGCCGCCAGACGUCUCCUCCUUCCUCAGCUUUCCGUCCCCGGACAAGCUGCUCAAACUGGGAGCCAAGAGAGCGUUGCUGAUCGAGCAGCAGGUGGAUGUGUCAGAUGCUGCAAAAACAGCUGAAGCCUUCCUCAAGAUUUCAUCUGUGUACAAGGAGGAGAAUAACGAGGUUAAGAAUGCCGUGUUGGACAGCAUAGAUGCCCUUCUCAGGAAAGCUUUUGCUACUCCUUCCUUCCAAGGCUACAGCUUCGUAUCAUCUUUGUUAGUGCUGCUCGGACUUCUCAAGAGUGAGGACAAGGUGAAGCCUGUGCUCGUGGUUCCCGGACACCUCCACGCCUUGGAGCACGUCGUUCGACAGGACUACUUCCCCAAAGAGAACGUGGCUGUGCUGCAGGCCUUCAUGUCCCGGUAAGGACGUGACAGAAUCAGCAGGCAUCUUGCAGAAACAACAAAGCCCUGGAGUCAUGUGGCAGUGCCAGAAACAGCCUCCAGUCCACACUGCAGAGGGUCAGGUCCGAGGGCUGAGGGCUGUGGAAAGACACACACACACACACACAAAAAAAACACACACACAGACUGAACACUGAUGGACCUUUGAGAAACCAGCACAAAUGAGCUCAUAUUUGAAGCAGAGCAGCACGUAAGAUGAACAGACUCCACUCAGACACACUUGGCUGGUUCAAAAUCGUCCUUCACAAGCUCAGCAGCACACCUCUUUCUGGACUCUGGACUGGACUUGAAUGCUUUGUGUUUUGAAGUAGACUAUGCGCUUAUGGUGUGGACUAACUGAAGCGCUUCAUAUUCGCUCAUAUAACCACAGGACAGUGCUGACCACUUUGUCUUAACGCUCUUAGUAUUCAGGUGAAUAGGAAAAGGCCUCAUUCCACACAUAACCGUAGAUCUGUGAGUCGUCUCCUGGUCACUUCCACCUGAUUGGCUGAGGCACAGAUUACACUUCAGUGCGAACUAGAAAAGCGCUGACGAGAACUGAUCUGGGCUUGAGGCAUCAGCUGUUGUACAUUUUAUAUUUCAUAUCUACCUUUGCUAUUUUGUUGUUUUAUAUUAAAUGUAUAUUAAAGUCAAUGACAUGGUCAAACAAUGUUAAAAUAUGUGUUGACCGAUAAAUAUUCUCAAAACUAGACUUACAAGUACACUAGAACAAUCACAAGGGUUGAAAUAAGUUAAAAUGUAUUUCCUGCCUCUAAUGAGGCGCAAGGUGCUGUGUUUUUGGAUUGUGUUGUGAAAAUAAAGCUGAUUUGAGUGUUGGA